CAAUAAAGUUCCUGAUUCAUCAUCACCCACCCACUAGCUUCUUCUUUUGUUUAAUGCUUAAUUUUGGCAAUUAGGUAUUAGGGUUUAGACUCAAUGAAGGCCAUGGAAACUUUACAGGAUCUGAUCGAAGAAGCAAAGCUUCGUACUGUGUGGUGGGCUCUUUGUAUCUUCGCUGUCUCUUACUUCUUAGCUCACACCAGUAAAUCAAUGUGGAUGAACGUUCCUAUAGCUAUACUUUUGGUUUCGGGAUCACGGAUUCUGUUAAACGAAGUUGAAUUCCGUUGGAAGAUUAGGAAAACCCGGCCAGAGACGUAUUUGUCACACUUGGAAAAGAAGCAGUUGUCUGUGAAUGAUUCAAGGCUUUCCACGUUGCCUCCCCCGCCUAAAUGGAAGCGGAAAAUCGAUUCACCGGUGGUUGAGGCUGCUAUGGAGGAUUUUAUUAACAAGCUUUUGCAAGACUUUGUUGUUGAUCUGUGGUAUUCAGAUAUUACGUCAGAUAAGGAGGCACCUGAGCUGAUUCGAGCGAUCAUUAUGGACGUUCUUGCUGAAAUAUCCGCAAGAGUGAAGAACAUUAACCUUGUUGACUUGUUAACGAGGGAUGUAGUUGAUCUAGUUGGGGUCCACCUAGAGCUUUUUAGAAAGAACCAAGCUGCUAUCGGUGUGGAGGUUAUGGUAACAUUAUCGUCAGAAGAAAGAGAUGAACGGUUGAAACAUCAUCUAAUGGCUUCUAAGGAGCUUCAUCCCGCUGUGAUAUCUCCCGAGAGUGAGUACAAGUUUCUCAAGCGGAUUAUGGGUGCUGUUGUGGCUGUAGUCCUAAAACCACGUGAAGCUCAGUCUGCUUUAGUUCGUUGCAUUGCCCGAGAGCUUUUAGCUUGUUUGGUUAUGGAACCUGUGAUGAGAUUUGCAAGUCCCGCAUAUAUCAACGAGUUGCUUGAGCUUAUUUUCAUUGCUAACGAGGGAGGGAAAGAGGCGGAUGAAGAUCAAUCGGCUAAUUCUAAAGGCCAUAAACAGGAUCAAGCCGUUGCUACAAGCUCUGCAAAAAGGCCCGAUCUUUCUUAUAGUCACGAAAGUGAUGUGAAACUUUCUAGGCAUGAUAACGAGAUAGCACUUCCUUUAGUUAAAUCUUGUAAUAUCUCUACUGGUUUAAUUCAAGAAGAAACAAAGCAUCCGGCUGCUGCUGAUUGGGCUCGAAUUCUUGAGGCAGCAACCCAGAGAAGGACAGAGGUUCUUCAGCCGGAAAAUCUUGAAAAUAUGUGGACCAAAGGAAGAAACUAUAAGAAGAAAGCUCUGAAGAAUGCUGCUAAAGGAGUACAGUCUUCUACAUCAGCCGGGGUUGGAAUAGACGGUGGAAUCAAGCAAACUAAGGGAAAGGAAAUAUCGCCCAAAAAGCUCGAGACUUCAACCAGCGUAGGGAUCCCACCAAAGCCUCAUUUAGACGGUCAACGGAAAGACCAUCUUUUUGACGUUGAUCAAAGUAACGCAUCGAAUUUUGAUGGAGGAGGAGUUGAAGAAAAAUCUAUAGUUGGUGGUGGAAGUAAAAAUAUCUUUAGAAAAUCAAACAGCGCUUCUGAUUUGAACAAUCAAACUCAGAUUGAAACCGCAUAUCCAGAAGUCAGCCGAUCGAUUAUCACAGAGUUUUAUAGUGCAAAUGUCGGCAAACGUGAUGUACAUAAUACGAAUGCUGGUUUUGAUAAAGUAUUACGCAUUGAAGGAUAUGUUCCGAAGCUUAAGUGUCGGGUUCUAGGAGCGUACUUUGAGAAACUUGGUUCGAAAUCGUUUGCGGUCUAUUCAAUUGCAGUAACAGCUGCUGAAAACAACACUUGGUUUGUAAAAAGAAGAUACCGGAAUUUUGAGAGAUUGCAUCGACAACUUAAGGACAUCCCGAACUAUACGUUACAUUUGCCUCCUAAAAGAAUAUUUUCGUCAAGCACAGAGGACGCGUUUGUACAUCAGCGCUGCAUUCAGCUCGAUAAAUAUCUGCAGGAUCUUCUGUCUAUAGCUAACGUUGCGGAGCAACACGAAGUAUGGGACUUUUUGAGUAUUUCUUCAAAGAAUUACUCGUUUGGGAAGUCUUCUUCGGUAAUGAGAACCUUAGCAGUCAAUGUGGAUGACGCUGUGGACGAUAUCGUCCGUCAAUUCAAAGGCGUUUCAGAUGGUUUGAUGCGGAAAGUUGCUGGCCCAUCUUUCACUUAUGAACCCGUGUCUUCGGCUACAAGCAGAAGUUUAACGUGGAAAGCAGAUGAACUUAGUAAUUCCUUCACGAGACAAACUACCUCAGAGUCGGCUAAUAGUCUUUCUGAUAACGAGGACCAUGACAAAGAGGAAACAAUUGACCAUGAUGAGACGGAUUCUAGUGCACCACUUAACGGGUGGCAUUCUGACAGCGAGUUAAACUCGAAAGGAUUUCCACCAAGGGUUGUCAAGCAUGAUGAACUUAUAAGAAGCUUAGAUACGGACAAAAGAGGAGUGCGAUCCGAAAUACUCAAUCUGGCUGCAAAUUUUCCUUCAACUUCCAACCGACUGGAAGAUCCGCUCGGUGUGCCAGCAGAGUGGACACCACCUAACGUGAGUGUUCCGUUGCUAAAUUUGGUGGACAAGAUAUUUCAACUCAACCGAAGAGGCUGGUUAAGACGACAGGUGUUUUGGAUAUCAAAGCAAAUUUUGCAGUUAAUGAUGGAAGAUGCUAUCGAUGACUGGCUCUUACGCCAAAUACAUUGGCUCAGGCGAGAUGACAUCGUGGCUCACGGGAUCCGUUGGAUCCAAGAUGUUUUGUGGCCGGAAGGUGUGUUUUUCACGAGAUUAAAUGCUCAAACUCAAACGGGUUCUCAAUCUGAUCAAGAUUCUCCGCGAACUGCAAGUCAUCCAUCUAGCAGUAGGGUGAACAAACAAGGGUCGUUCGAGGAGCAACUGGAGGCUGCUCGAAGGGCUAGCGAUGUCAAAAAGAUGAUCUUUAACGGAGCACCUUCUACAUUGGUCAGCUUGAUCGGUCAUAACCAAUACAAGCGUUGUGCAAAAGACGUAUAUUAUUUUCUCCAGUCUGAUGUAUGUUUGAAGCAACUUGCGUACGGAUUACUAGAACUCGUGAUCAUAACAGUCUUUCCCGAGCUGCAUGAUAUCAUAACCGAUGUUCACGAUAAGAAGCAAUUCCCGCCCGUAUAGAUUCGUCUUUCGUUCAUUGUUUCCACAAGUUUUUACAAGUUUUCAGAUGACAAGAUUUAGAUGUUUACAUGGUCUUGUUUUCUCUUUGGGUUUCUAGAUGUUCAAAUUCUUAAUCUGAUCUCGUUUUAAUUGUACAAAAAUUUGUAGUUAGGAUGUGCAUAGUUUGACGAUACCGUGUACCCUUCUAGUGAACCAUUUUGACCGUAGUUUUGUCGUUUUUUGAGUCGUUUGAACCGAAUGUUCUUCCCUUGAUGCGAUGAAUUGGCUUGAAAAUGUUUCUGUGUAAUGGAAAUUCAACGUUUUGACU